UGCCGCAAGCAUCAAAAAGUCGUGGUGGAUAUAAUCUGAGUCAGUGCGUCUUGUAGGCUUACGAGUGUCAGUGAAGCAAGAAAACAGAAUGUGUGACAUCUCAAUCCCGCGCGAGCCUGUCGACGUCGGCCGUGCAGCCCGCUGUUGUGUGUCCCGCCGCUUCCCGCCCGCGAUUCGCCACACCGUCUACGCCUACGCGCCAGUCCCCCGGCGCCGCGCCAUGGGCAUGAGGAGCAACUACGUCAACAACGUGAUCCGGGAGCGCUGCGAGGAGCUGCAGCUGUCGGACGAGCAGCUGCGGGAGAUCAUGAAGCGCCUCCUGGACAACAUCGAGCGCGGCCUGGCCCGAGACACCCACGCCGCGUCCAUCGUCAAAAAGAGGCAAGUUCAUGGCUCUGGAUUUAGGUGGAACAAACUUCAGAGUUCUUCUGAUAGAAUUGGGUGAAAACAUGCACUUUGAUAUGAAGUCAAAAAUUUUUGCAAUUCCUCAACAUAUAAUGGUUGGCCAUGGUAAACAGCUUUUUGACCACAUUGCAGACUGUCUGGGCGCUUUCAUGAAAGAGCAUCACAUUGAACAUGAAUGCCUUCCUCUUGGCUUCACCUUCAGCUUCCCCUGUGUUCAGAAAGGGUUGACAAAGGGUCUGUUGGUCCGGUGGACAAAAGGGUUUGAUUGCGAGGGCGUCAUUGGACAAGAUGUUGUGGAACUCCUUGAGCAAGCAAUUUCUCAUCGCAAUGAGGUUACGAUUGAUGUUACUGCAAUUCUCAAUGACACAACUGGCACAUUAAUGUCCUGCGCCUGGAAGAAGCACGAUUGCAGAAUAGGUCUCAUUGUUGGUACUGGGAGCAACGCUUGCUAUGUUGAAAAGGUAGAAAAUGCACAAUUGUUUGAUGGAGAUAGAUCGAAGCCUUAUGUACUUAUCAACACUGAAUGGGGAGCUUUUGGAGAUGACGGUGCUUUAGAUUUUGUGCGCACAGAGUUUGACCGUGAUAUUGAUAAUAAUUCUAUCAACCCUGGCAAACAAUUGCAUGAAAAAAUGAUUUCUGGAAUGUACAUGGGAGAGCUGGUAAGAUUAGUCCUUGUGAAAAUGACAAAUGACAAACUUUUAUUCAAUGGUCAAGGUUCAGAUCUCCUGUUCAAACGAGGCAAUUUCUUCACAAAAUAUGUUUCAGAAAUUGAAAGUGAUAAGAAAGGCACAUACGCUUCUUGUCGGCAAGUUUUAGAAGAGUUAGGUUUAGGCCACGCAACUGACCAAGACUGUGCCAAUGUCAGAUAUGUUUGCCAAGUAGUUUCAACGAGGGCAGCACAUCUAGCAUCAGCUGCUGUAGCAACUUUAAUCAAUAAAAUCCAGGAAGAAAGUGUUACUGUGGGCAUUGAUGGUUCAGUCUACCGUUAUCAUCCUCACUUCCACAAUCUUAUGAUGGAUAAAAUUGCAACACUUGUGACUCCAGGGCUCAAGUUUGACAUAAUGUUGUCAGAAGAUGGAAGUGGUCGUGGAGCAGCUUUGGUUGCAGCGGUAGCAGCUCGAGGUCAUGCAAAAACUGCGUGAAUAAAGAAUUCUCAAUACAAAUAGACUGCCCUUGCAGUAAGACUUUCCCACUGGAUAGCUGUUUGUACAUAAUAGAAGUUGGUACUAAAGUAUAGGGGAGCAGGCACUUGAGUGGAAAGAAUAAAAAAGAUCCAAAUAUUACUUGUUACUAAAACGAGAUCCAAGGAAGAAGUAAAAUGAGGAAAUGUGUGGUGAACAGAGACAAUACUGUGUCAACAAGGUUUAAUUUAUGGCUCCAGGUGUUGCAUAAUGUAAUGAAAUUUAAAUUGUGUACACAAGCAUUUUUGUACUGUAUUUUAUGAAGUCUUAUUGAGACCAAAACUGAAGAUAUUGUUUUUAACAGCCACAGAUUCUGUUUUAUAAUGUAAUUUUUAAAUACCUCCUCUAAAAGCCAUCACAGGCUCAAGUGAUUUUUUUAUGAAAGAUUCCCCAUAAUAAGGAAAUGGAGUAUAAAUGUGUUUAGACAACAAAAGAUUGAAUGUACAAAAGUAGGUAUGUAGAAAAAUUCACUUGUUUGUACAGAUGUAUAUAAGAGUGCAGUAGAAUAAUGUAAAAGGGGACUUGUAAAACAAAAAUCAAAAUGUUAAUAUUUUAUUUUUUAUUUGUAAAUUAAAGAUACGCUUACAAAAUGACAAAUUAUUUCACGACAUUCUCUGAUUGCUACCUUACCUCACCUUCAGCAUGGAAAUGAAUUAUACAAUAACAAAUUUGACUAGAAAACUCCAUAGCACUACAUCAUCCAAACUUUUAAUUUCAUUUAAUGAAAUUGAUUCAACAAAUAAUCCAUUUAAUACUAUAAAGAUUUUUAUAUACAUAUACAACUCUCUAAUUUAACAAUUAUUUCCUUGUACUACACAGCUCAUGCAGUUCAUUCAUCAAGAUCUGUCUUGUGAAAAUCUGGUCAUAAAGCAGACAUUGCAUUUCAUCUGAUUUACCAAUAAGAAUCACUCUUAGAAACAGUGGUGGUUUUAGGUUCCUGCAAACACUAGUAGGAACUGGUUGUUGAUAUUUUCAGCCUCACCCACAUUUAAAAACAUUUUGAAAUUCUUGUCAAAGAAACAGUCUAGCAGUACUUAACUGUAGGUAACUGUCUUGCGGUUCCUGGUGAGAAACCUGACUGGAAGUUAGGGGGACUUUCGGAGUAACCUCAGGUGGAAGAUUGGUUGUAGACUUAGGAGGCUCCUCAGGUUCUGGUUGGGGCAUGGGUAUCCAAUGAUACUGAGAAUGUUUUCUGCGAAUAGCAAGUUGACGGGCAGCUUCCCUCAGUCUUGUGAGAAAAUCAGAUAAACAUACCACUAACAGCCACCCAAGAUGUAAUUGUUGAUGGAAUAGAUACUCCUGGAUCAUCAAAAUAGGUUAAGCAAUAUUCAAUCCCAGGCUGGGGGAAAAAAAAAUUAAUGUUUUUCAAUUAUUGGAAGCUUAAAUCUCAUAUGUUUCAUCCACUGGAAAUUUCUAAUAUUACAUAAUAAGCAGGAGAUUCAUAACAAAGGGUGUGAUAAUUGAUGUGCGCAAUAAUAGAUUUAGACCCCUUAUAUUCAGACACAUUGGAGCUAAUCUAGGUUGUGUGUUAAAGUCAGUUUGCUACCUAGUGGCCAGUGUAUCUGAAAGUAAAUUAUGCAAUGUGCAAUUACACUUUAUUAAGUAUGAGUUUGCAAGCAAAUGAAUGGCAUUCUACCCUGAAAAAGAAUUUCAUUAGAUGAAACUUCUUCGUAAUGAAAUGUGUUAAGAGAUGCAAUGUGGAAUAAUUUUCAUCCACUAAUCUCUUAAAUGAUAAGUCCAUUUUGUUUUUAAUAGUAUUUGUAUUGGCUAAAUGAGUUAUUUCUAGAUUUAUUAAAGAAUUUCAACACAAAUGAGAUUUUUAGAAAAUUUAGACGAUACAUUCCUUUCCUUAUGGAUGAAAAUUGCACCAGCACCAAAUAAACAUUAAAAUAUCUCAGAAAGAUAGUUUCAACAUUAAUAUUCUCUCAAUAGUCUAAAAUACUUCAUUAGUGGUGGAUAAAAUGAACACUUUGCUGAACUCUGAAGAAAAAUUGAUAUUACUGGCACACAUUUCUUUAAUAUACUGGAGUUGAAUAUUUUUCCCAGGGUUAGGAGAUUAUUAUAAAUGGCUAAACUAAUA